CAUUUGUAUUUGUUUCUUCUUGUUCUUGGUUUUAAUUGUCGUUGUUGAUUGUUUGAGGUUUUGAUUAAUUUGGUUUCUAAUUGAUUAUUGUUCGUUAAUUAGUUUUAUGGUUUCUCCAUGUUCACAUCUGCCGCUACCAUUUAUCUUUCUUGUCUUUCCAGCUGAUUAAUAAGCCACCGGCUCAGGUUAAUCUAUAUUAAAGUCUAUUGAUUGUUUGUCGUUUUCGUUGUGGUUUGUUUUAAUUUCUGCUCGUUGAUUGCUGACUUAAUUACUUAACUGUUUGCUCUGGUUUGUUUAAGAUGGGUUUGAUUAGGACUACAAUCAAAUAUGGUAUUCCAAUUGGAUUUGUUUAUUGGACAAUAGAAUCUGGUGAAUGGAAACCUAUGGGAGAUUCUGAAGAUUUGAAAAAGACUAGAUUAUUAUACAAAGAAUAUGAUUCAGUUAAAGGAAAGAUUGAACCUUAUGUGAAACCUUAUUUACCUGAGAAGAUUAAUAUCCCUUUGAAUUGGAGUGAUUUAAUUGAUAAUUAUAAUGGGAUAGUUAAAAAGACAAUUUUAUCAAUGUCAAAGUUUGAUUUAGUUGAUAGCGUGAAAAAAUUGUCAUCAAAAUUGGAGACAAGUAUAAGUGAAGGUUCAUCAACAUCAACAUCAACAACAACAACCGAAUCUAAAAAUGUAUCCGAAAGUAAAUCUUAAUCAAUUAAUCAACAAAAAUAAUUAGAUAAUUGUAAAUCGUAUUCAUUUUACUUACAAAUAGCUGUUAACUAAACUUGUGAUCAAAUCAAA